AAGUCAAAUCAAAACAGUUAACCUGAAAUAAAUGAAAUCUACAAUAAAUGAUGAUUUCAAUUUCAAAGCUCUAUUUUUACUUAACAGAAUGUAAAUAAAAUAAUACAGUAUUUUUUAAUUGACAAAGUAAUUGAAAAAAUGACUGAAGAAAAAUUAGUUACGGAAGUCCCGAGUAGUCUAAAACAACUGGCUAGACUUGUUGUAAGGGGUUUUUAUUCAAUUGAAGAUGCAUUAAUUAUAGAUAUGUUAGUAAGAAAUCCCUGUAUGAAAGAAGAUGAUAUUUGUGAACUUCUCAAAUUUGAAAGAAAAAUGUUAAGGGCUAGAAUAGCUACCCUAAAAAAUGAUAAAUUUAUUCAAGUUAGGUUGAGAAUGGAAACUGGUUCUGAUGGAAAAGCACAAAAAGUGAACUACUAUUUUAUUAAUUAUAAGACCUUUGUAAAUGUAAUAAAAUAUAAAUUAGAUUUAAUGAGGAAACGACUGGAAACUGAAGAACGAGAUGCAACAAGUAGAGCUAGUUUUAAAUGCCCAGGUUGCUUAAAAACUUUUACAGAUUUGGAAGCUGAUCAACUAUUUGAUUUCACAACUGGCGAAUUCCAUUGUACAUAUUGUAGAGAAGUUGUUGAAGAAGAUUCAUCAGCCUUACCCAAAAAAGAUUCUAGGUUACUAUUAGCAAAAUUCAAUGAACAAUUAGAUCCUCUGUAUAUUCUAUUGCGUGAAGUAGAAGGUAUUAAAUUAGCACCUGAAGUACUAGAACCUGAACCAGUUGAUAUUAGUACAAUCAGAGGUUUGGAUAAGAGAUCCAAUGCCCCUCCACCUGGACAGGAAUGGUCCGGAGAAGCGACUAGGAGAGGAGGAUUUGCAGUGGAAGAAACUAGAGUUGAUAUCACUAUUGGAGAAGAAAGUAACUCUACUGCUAACCGGAAGGAACAACCAAUAUGGAUGACUGAAUCUACUGUUAUAACAAAUAUGGACUCACAAGAGUCUAAUAAAGUUAGUGAUAGUUUAGGUGAUAUUGCAGAGGCUACAGCUGGUGGUACAAAUGCCAAGAAUGAUGAUAUUAUGUCAGUCCUACUAGCUCACGAAAAGAGACCAACGAACACAACACUUAAUGCUGUUAAGGGUUUGAACAAUGAAUCAGAGUCCAGUUCAGAUGAAAUGAAUGAUGUUCAUGACGAAAUGCAAGAUGUAGAAACAAUGGAUUCAGAUGAUGACGACAAUGAUGAUGUUCCGACUGUUACUGUUGGCAACAAGACAUAUCCUAUAACUGAAAUUAACGAUACUAUAAUUGCAGAAAUGAGUCAGUCUGAAAAAGAGAUUUAUGUGCAGGUUUUUCAGGAUUACUACUCUCAUAUGAAUAUUUAGAUGUAUUUUUUAUAUUUUUUGUAAUGCAAACAAAUUCAACACUGAUUAUAAGUUUUAAAAAAUGAAA